CCACAAUGCUUCCUCCCCCUCCUUCUCUCCCUCUUUCUUUUCCUUUCACCAGUUACUGUUCAACCUCUGCUCUUUCCCUUCUCUGUAACUCUUACACCUCUUUCUUUCUGCUUUUAUUUCUCGUUCAUUUGCACGAGAAAUUUUUAAUCAGCUGGUUUCUUGAUCAAAAUGGAGUUCGACGAUCGCUAUCUCCAGGCACAAAGGCCUAAAUAUGAUUGCCUUUUGUUUGAUCUAGAUGAUACUCUUUAUCCGUUUAGUUCUGGAAUUGCAGCAGCAUGUGGCCAGAAUAUUAAAGAUUAUAUGGUUGAAAAUCUUGGCAUAGACAAGAGCAAAAUUGCUGAAUUGGGUAAUCUGCUGUACAAGAACUAUGGGACAACAAUGGCUGGCCUAAGGGCAAUUGGGUAUGACUUUGACUACGAUGAGUACCACAAUUAUGUUCAUGGGAGAUUACCUUAUGACAACUUAAAGCCAGAUCCUGUUCUAAGGAGUCUUUUGCUCAGCUUGCCUAUUAGAAAAGUUAUCUUCACAAAUGCGGACAAAGUACAUGCCCUGAAAGUUCUUGCCAAGCUUGGAUUGGAGGAUUGUUUUGAAGGGAUUAUUUGUUUUGAGACACUAAAUCCUACCCAUAAGAGCACAAUUUCUGAUGAUGAGGACGACAUAGAAUUCAUAGGAUCAGUUCCUGCUGCUACUGCUACCACAACCAAUGGCAGUAGCACAGCUGCUAGUAAUGGUCCUCAAAUUUUUGACAUUAUUGGACAUUUUGCUCAACCGAACCCAAGCUCAAUAUUACCGAAGACUCCUAUUAUCUGCAAGCCAUCAGAAACUGCCAUUGAACGUGCUCUGGAAAUAGCCAAUAUCAAUCCUCAAAGAACUUUGUUCUUUGAGGAUAGUGUCCGCAACAUACAAGCUGGAAAGCGAGUUGGUCUGUAUACCGUUCUGGUGGGGACUUCUCAAAGAGUUAAAGGUGCAGAUUAUGCAUUAGAAAGCAUCCACAACUUAAGGGAAGCAGUGCCUGAACUUUGGGAGGCUGAUAUCAAGUCUGAAGUUAAUUAUCCAAGAAAGGUCUCAAGGGAGACACCUGUCACUGCUUAGAAAAUCAAAACCAAGAUAUGAUUUUAGGAUCUGUCUGUCUUAGUUCCCAUAUCCACUUUACCUAUAAUCACAGAUCCAAAAUUAAAUCUCGCAAUACAAUCCUUUCAAAAGAGCAGAGAAUUGAGAUGUAAUCUGUCCAAAACAAAAAUUUCCCAAUUUUAUGUUUCAAGCAUAUGAUGUAAAUGUUUCUUUCUAAUCAUUUAUAUAUGUUUGAAAAUUUUCAAAAAAAAAAAAAAGAAAAAGAAAAAGAAAAAGAAAAAGGGAAAUAAAGACUUAUCUUUUCUUUUUUU